AUGGACAGCUCCUCGACGCCGCUCGCCGACUACUUUUGGAUCGCCGGCGUAGAGUCCGUCUCCUAUCAGGACUCUACCCCGCAGCCCCCCUCCAACAACGUCGAGUCCACCAUCGCCGAGGACAGCGAGUAUGAGGAGAGCGAUAACGAGUUCAACGCCACCCCGAGCAAGCGCGUUGCUCGUCAUUCCAGCGUCGGUCGCCAUUCCAGGCAGAAUUCAGGUGGAGGUGGCCGCGCUGCCAAUGGUCGCUUUUCCAUCCAGACCGUCGAAGAGGUAGAUGGCAACACGCGAAGCAACCGGAGCAGUGCUACCAUUCGACCUUCCCAGGCGAACCAGAUCAAUGGCACCGGCAGCGGCGCCGGCCUCAAUGUCUUCAAUGGUCUCCCCCCAGGCCUCAAUGGCGAAGGCCCUUUCAUCGAAGGAUUCGACUUCGACAAGGCUUUGCUCAAGUUCGCUUCAGAACGAGAGAACUUCUUGGAAGACUUGUCCUUCAGUGCCGGUGCCAAAACACAAGCCCGUGCUCCCAUGGUCAACCCCAGAGCUGAGCGCAUCAAGGCCGACGAGGCCGACGCGAGCGGCCGGAGGAGUCCUCUACGCAGCAUCGAGCGGAGCAUCAAGGGCAGCAUCCGCCGCAAGAUGAGUUUCAGGGACAUGAACAGCAUGCGCAAGCAACCUACCACUCCUAGAGCAAGCACACCAGGAGCCGCUUCAAUUAGGACUGCCAAGCGACUCAGCAACUAUAACUCGGUCAUUCCUCCCCCGGAACCCCUGAACACGGAUCCAGACAUGCAUCCCCUCAAGAGACGAUUCGAGCCUGUCUUGCUGGACAGAUACCCAGCCAAAGACGCGACAGACGAGAUCGCCCGUCGUGGGAGGUUCCCAGACUACGUACCCAUGUUUGCUUUCCCGAACGAUAUUCAGAUCGUGUCUUCCGAUGACAGACCACGUUCCACCUGGCAUGGUUUCACAAUGACUUCGGACGAUAACUCCAAGAUAUAUGGUAUCACCAUCAUCAUCUGGGUUGCCCUGACGGCCGAGGUUGCAGACGAGGUGGAGAAGAAAUGUGAGCAGUGGCGGCAGAGCCACAUGUCCAACGAGGAGCGGGAGUUGGCAGCCAGCCUGGGAGUGCGACUCGCGGCUGAGCGUGCGCACCUCUCCCAGCUGCUUGCAAAGCUCCCUACGAUUCCCUCAGGGUCUUCCGCCCGUGACACUCUGGAUGACCAGAUUAGCGCUGUUGAGGAGAAGAUCAGUCUCAUGACAGAAAUGCUGAGACCACUUCGGCACGGUGCUGCAUCCAAGAUCGACGGCUUGACUGCUGGCGAGAGUGGACUAUGGGCCCCAAGAGCCUACGGCAUCUUGGGAAGAGACGCCACGAGAAUGUCAUUCUGGAAGGAAUGGCUGCGAGCCAUCGUUGUGCCCAUGACAGACAGCGCAGUCCUCCGAGUGCCACCCAGCUCCCCCAAGGUUGGUCGUUGGCAGCCUCUUGAGCGUUAUGUCGUCAAUCUUUGCACCGAGGCUUUCAGUCCGCUGGAAUCCAAGACGCAGGUCGAGCUGGGCGUGCGAGAGCUGCGACUAUAUUGUCGAAAGGAGGCCAUCAACGAGAUCCCAGGGGCCCGGACUAUUGACAUCUACGCUCUCUUCAGGUGUUUAUCAAUGGAGAACAUUGUUGCUUUGUUCGAGUAUGCAAUGUCGGAGUCUCGCAUCAUCUUCCUCUCCUCCCACACUGGCAUGCUUCACCUGGCAUGCCACGCACUGGUCAAUCUGCUGUAUCCCCUUAAAUGGGCGAGCAUCUUUAUUCCCGUGCUGCCUGCGCGUCUGAUUUCGGCACUUGAGGCGCCUUGCCCUUAUAUCGUCGGCAUCGAGCGGCGAUAUGAGAAGAUUGAGCUUCCUGAGGAUGACUACGUGCUGGUUGAUUUGGACCUUGAUACGAUCGACGCCACCAACCAGCCCGUUCGCCUUCCGCGGCAACAUCGUCGUAAGCUCAUUUCCUUACUUCAUGUGGCCGCGCCGCACCACAUUCGGUACGGAGUGACUACUGGACCCCCUCCAUAUGCAAUGGAGUCGUACCCGUAUGACGCCUUUUCAGUCGAGAACGAUACGCUGUACAACGCCAGUGUCGCCUCGAGCUCCUUGGGCAAGUGGGUUACACAAAACUCUUCGUCUUUCGGAGAGCCGGCACCUCCGAACUCGGUGCGACCACCAAUCUUCAAUGCUUUCUUGCAUUCGAAGGCUGGCGAUCACAAGGACCGGCCCACUACCAGCAAGUCCGGUAAAACCAGCCCGCAGUCUUCCAUCUCACCAGUCUCAAUGAACUUCCCACCCAUGCCGACCACACCUGUGUCACGCAGCGACUCCGGCUUUGCACAGACUCUGCGAGAAAAGAAGUCGGGCCACUUUGAUGAGAAGUCUCGGCGCAGCUCGUCCUUUGGUAUGGACAAGCACCCGCCUCUUCAUCGACCAAGCUUGCCCUUCCUCAGCGGUCACAAUCCCAGCAUGUCGGUAUCCGCCAUUUCGGUCGAUUCGCAGUCUUCGUACAAUGGGUACACGCCCGGAUAUGCUCCUUCCACGUAUGCCCAGUCUACUCUGGCGGCAUCAACGAUUAUGCCCAACAUGCUGAUUCAGCCCGUACGGAACACCGACACGAUGGUGUGGGUCGAGGGUCAUUGCUUCAACUGGAUGGCCCAUGACUUGUCCUCGACAUGUUCCGUUUGCGACGACAAGUCUGAAGGAGACGGCAUCUACGAGUGUUCUCACUGCAACGCCCGUUCCCACAACCGCUGCCUGGGUCAGGUCUCUGUGGUAUGCAGUGAAGCGUUCCACCCUGAUCGAGUUCGAGCUGCUUUCGUCCGAUGCCUUGCUAGUCUCUUGUACACGUACAGAAAGCAUCUGGGCCGUCCUACUCGUGAGCAAAAGAACAACGGCCAGCUCUACAAUUUCGACAUGAACAGCUUCAUUAAGAGUCUUCCAUACGAUCAACAAGAGUAUGCCACCAUGUUGAGAGAAACUCAAGCUUUCAACGAGUUCAUUCACGAGCGGGAGACACACUCGGCAACGCACGAGUCGAUCCGUCUCUUUGACGAGAUCAUCAUGGCCAAGAAGGCUCGCGGACGGCCGGGACUCUCGACGGGAUUCUCUCGUCUGUCGACCAUCCGUAUGUCGCACGGCGCAUCAAGCAACGCUUCAGGGUUUUCUGCGCCAUCCAAGCUCAAGAUUCCAACGUAUCUGGGCGAUACUUCGGACCACAUGUGGCGGACGGCUUCGGUGCCUGCUCCCAGUGCCAAGUUCCCGGGCGAGUACCGAACCGUGGUCACCCGGAUUCCUACCAAGCUGGAUCCCAGUCUGAUGAGAGAGCCUCGAGCGAUCCAGGGCGUCCCUCGGGCCGAGCAACGGACGCGCGGUUUCAUGAGAAAGCAAGUACCCAGCAUGGUUGGUAGUCCACCAAACUGA